CCUUGAUGAGCAAGCUAUUUAUUAUUUAAAACUCUAUUUCACUACUACUACAUCGUACAAGUCAAUAAUGUACAUUGAACAUUGAACUGAUUUUUUACCGACUAUCCAUUUAAACAAUGGAUUAUCAAUUUGCUUUCAAAUCAUUAUAAAGACAAUAAUAAUAAUCAUAAUUAUAAACAAUGUCUAACGCUUCUACCUCAUUAAAUAAACUUAAUUCUACUACAAAUGCAACCACAAAUUCUUCAUCAUCAUUCGACACUGAUCCAUUUGUUAUUGAAUUAACAAAAUCAUUUCAUGUUAUCAACAAACCAUUAGCUGUAUUCUUAUUUAUAUGUGUAUGUAUUGCAUGUUUAUUUUUUAUAAUUAUCAUUUUAUUAUGUGUACGUACUUGUAUUCGACGUAAAUAUGUCCCUAGAGUAUUACGUAAACGUCCAAAAGGCAUUUAUGUCGAUGAAAUACCUGGAUUGGUACAAUCAAAAGAACAACAUAAAUAUGGUUCAUUUGAAUAUUCACUAGAAUACAAUAUUGAUCAUAGACAAUUGAAAGUUGGUGCAUUACAAGCCAAUAAUUUGAUUGGACCAAUUAGUUCUGAUUCAUUGGAUCCUUAUGCUACAGUGACAUUAGCUAAAUAUGAUGGACAUAAUUUACGUAUUAUUGGUAAACAAGAAAAAACCAAUGUUGCAUUGAAAACCAAUCGACCAGUAUGGAAAAAAAUAUUCACUUUUGAUUUAGAUGAACACGAGUUGAAUAGUACUGUCAUGAUAUUUGAAGUAUUUGCUCAUGAUAGUAUAUGUCAAGAUGUUAGUAUUGGUAAACUAGAAGUUUACCUGAAAGAUGAAGAUCAUGAAGAAUAUGCUGGUAAUAUAAUUGAACGAAUUGGUUGGUUAACUGCUGGAACUAGUUCAAAAUUUGGUCUUGGUGAAUUGUGUAUCGGUUUAGGUUAUUACCCGAAUCAAAAUCUCCCUCAUUUAGAUGUAUGUAUUUAUGAAUGUAGACAGCUGAAUUUAAGUGAAUUAUUGCCAAAAUCUAAACAACAUGAAUUAGAUAUUUUAAUAUUAUUUAAACAUAAAAAGCAUCAUACCCUGUAUCGACAAAAAACAUACAGACGUAAAGAAUUAGUCAAUCCAUAUUUUAAUCAAAAAAUCAAUAUCCCGUUGAAAUUCCAUCAAGCUAAUAACAAUACUACUAGUACUACUGGUAGUAGUAGUAGUAGUAGUAGCAGUAAUCAUAAUCAAAUUGAACAAUUUCAUGUGAUUUGUCAAUUAAGACAUGUGAAUCGUUUACAUAUGAAACAAGUAUUAGGCACUGUGCAUAUUGGAUUGAAUUCAUCACAAGCUAGUGGAAUUAAACAAUGGGAAGAAAUGAUUAAGAGUCCAUCGAAAGUACAUGUGAUGUGGCAUUCGAUUGUACCGGCAUAAUUUUCACAAUUAAUCAAUCAAUCAUUGAACUGAAUUGAAUUGAACUGAAUUGAAUUGUUUCCUGUUGUUACUGCUGUUUGCUACUUUCAUUUCAAUGAAUACACAUUGACCAGUAUUGAACAAUGAUAUUGAAACCAAGUUAUUUUACAUUGACUAUUGAACGUUGUAAAUCAAGUAUUGUCAUUGUGAUUGUUUUUAUUCUUAAAAAUUGCAAUAAUAAUAACAAUAAUAAUAUAUGUUUUGGG